GGCUUUGUUAAAAUUUGUAAUUAUUUGGGUGUUAGGUUAAUAAUGCUGGAACAUUACUAGUUAAAGAAGCCACAGAAAUCUCUGCUGAAGAUUACAGCUUUAUAAUGGGUACCAAUUUUGAAGCCUCUCACCAUUUAAGUCAACUUGCACACCCACUCUUGAAGGCAUCAGGAAGAGGAAGCAUCGUGUUUAAUUCUUCUGCUGCUGGUGUGGUUGGUGUAUCACGACUUUCUAUCUAUGCUGCAUCUAAAGGGGCAAUGAAUCAAGUCACAAGAAACAUGGCUUGUGAGUGGGCAAAGGACAACAUUCGAGUUAACUCAGUUGCGCCAGCUAUCAUCAAAACCUCACUUAUUGAUAAACCGAUG